CAACAACAACAACAACAACAACAACAACAACAACAACAACAACAACAACAACAACAACAACAACAACAGCAACAACAACAACAACAACAACAACAACAACAACAACAACAACAACAACAACAACAACAACAACAACAACAACCACAACAACAACAACAACAACAACAACAACAACAACAACAACAACAACAACAACAACAACAACAACAACAACAACAACAACAACAACAACAACAACAACAACAACAACAGCAGCAGCAGCAGCAACAGCAA